CCAAGUACAAAGACGUAGAUGAUAGAAGAAGUAACUACUGGUCUCAGACAGCGUGAACCUGAGUGGAUUAAAAUGUUUGUAAUUCUGGUUCUGGUUCUGGUUCUGCAGCUUACAGAAAUCAGAGGAACGUUUUCACCCAGAUUUGUUGUCCGAGAUGGAGAUGAUGUCACUCUGCCUUGUGAAAACAUGAGAGAUGAACAGGAUACAUGUGAAAAAACUAACUGGCUGUUCAGUAAUUCACCAGAUGCAUCAGUUACUGUCUCUACUGACAGACAAGUGUCUGGAAAAACGGAAAGAUUGGAGGUGGCGGCUGAUUGCUCUCUGGUCAUAAAGAAUGUCUCACAUGAGGAUGUUGGUUUCUACACCUGCAGAACUUCACAUAUCAAUCAUAAUCAAGAUGCUCAUGCUCAUCUGUUUCUCUUAACAAUGACGGAGAAGAAAGAGGGCGACCAGGUGAAGUUUUCCUGCUUCGUCGCAGCAAAGGAAACGUGCAAACACACGGUGGAGUGGAUGUAUGAGAGGAAAGCUGUGAACGAUACCAUGAUCAUGAAGACAUCCGGAUGUUCAGUUACUGCGGUUAUUCCUGAAAGUUUCCUCAAGAACAAACCAAAAUAUCGAGAGAUGAUUUCCUGCAAAGUGAAGGCUGAUUCCACAGAAAGAGACCAGCUGUUUCCCCUCAGCCCUCAGACAGCCGGAAAUGAUGUAAGCAUGACAAGUGCAGAAGGAAGAAAAGCUAAUGAAACACAGCCUGCAUUGAAAAACGCUUCAACAACCCCAUUAAAUUUGUGGUUAUACGUUGUCGUGUCUCUUGGUUCAGUAGCAUUGAUAGUAACUGUUCUAAUGAUCACUCUGUGGAAACGAAGGGAAGAGGAAAGAUUGAUAAUUCUUCAGGAUGUGGAGCAAAGCCUGAACUCUGCUGUGGUUCUGUCUAGUCCUGGAAACGGUCCAAACAUGGCUGACCCUGAAGAUGAAGUUCUCUACGCCACCAUUUGCCACACAGAAAAGGCAAAAAGUAAAACUUGGGAUGAUGAGAAGCCAGGCGACUCUGUGACCUACAGCUGUGUGAAGGUCGAUUCUCCUGCAGGUUCCUGUGAUCCUGACAGCCUCAACGCAAACCAUCAGCAAAUCACAUGAACAAGAAAUGAAAUAUUUUGCUUCUGAAAACAAAACCUUAUUUAUCAUGAACUUAAACUGUUAUUAAGAUAUUAACUGGAUGCUGGUGUGAUUUAUUUCAGUUGAGUAGUUGGUGUGAAAGUCAGGUUUCAGAUCAUAAUCACAUGUAUCUUGAUUAUGAUGUCCAGGUUAUUAAUUCAGAAAAACAAAUAAUUCAGCAACAUGAUGUGUUUUCUGUAUUGAUCUGAUUUAGUGCUUAAGUCUGACGGUUUAUUUAUUAACUUAUUAAGUAUAUAAAGUAAUACAAAUUAUACAAGUAGGAACAUUGUGCUGUUCAUAGAAGUUAUAUAAAUUGAAUAAAACUAUGGAUGCAUCAGUUAAU